UUGCUUUGUGAUCUAUACUAUUGUAGAUAGAUUUUGUCUAUUCAACUACCACCAUACUCAAUCCAGAAGAAGUUGUUGCCUGUGAAGGAUGCCUUCAGCUGCGAAUGCAAAGUCUGAAAAACCAGCUUCUUCGGAAGCUGCGGACAAUACACCAAUCAAACAGAUUUUGACAAUAAUUGAACACAAAAUCCGUAACUUGGAGAAAAGAAAGAGCAAAUUAACUUCUUACCGUGACCUUCAAACCGCUGGGAAGGAGUUGAACAGUGAUCAGAAAAUUGCUGUAGCAAAAUAUGAUGAGGUGGCCCAGACACUGGAGUUUGCUAGAGACCUUUCUAAGCAGGUCAACUCGAUUGUCAUAUCUGCUGAAAGGGAAGCUAAGAAGCAAGCCAAAAGGGAGUUAUGGGUCCGUUACACAGCAGAUACUAAUAAAAUUCGUGAAGUUUUGCUAAUAUUGGAUUGUAUCAUGCAAAUGGGCAACACUGAAGUCCGAGAUGAUUUUCUCAAUGGAGUGAAUGGUGCUGCAAAACUUACUGAAGAUGACUUGAGAAUUCUUGAUGACUUAUAUCCUGAGCUGACACCUAAACAUGAAGUAAAUGAGGAAGGUCAACCUGGAUUCCAUGCCCACACUAUUAAAGCUGCAGAGCAUUUAUAUGCUAUUAUUGAUGGCAAACAGAAAGAAGUAUUGGGCACUACUUAUGCUCAUAUAAAGCAAAUCGUAACUACAGUCCAUGAAUGUGGUUACUUUGACAAAUCAGCGGAUGCUAUUAUGCCAGAAGCUGAAGAAAACCAACAUGAACCUGAAGAACAAGUGCAGGAACCAACUCAGGAAUUGGAAGAAAUAGAGCCCGCAGCUCCUGUUUAUCCACCACCAAUGGCUAUCCCAACUGCUCCAGCUCCUACAGUAGUUCCUGCACCUGGAUACCCACUUCGUCAAUUACCCCCCAUCACUCUCCAAGAAGUAGAGCAUGCUUACUUUGCUCAGCAAUACCCUCAACAGAGACCAAUAUCUGAAGUUAUUGGCUCCCAGAACUUCUUCUUUCUUCAAGAGUCAGAAAUCGACAGCCCUGUUGGAACUCCUCAACCUCCAAUGCUUAAUCAAGCAUCUCCUCCAGCUCCCAUCCCAACUCAGACGUUUACAAACCAACAUUUUGUUCAACUUCCUCCAUCUCGUAUCCCAGAACCUGGUAGCAUUCCAAUGCCUCCUCAGCCCCAUUUCCCCCCACAUCCUGAUCAUGCAGCAUUCACAGGUGUUCCCAUGCCUGGACCAAUGCCAGGCCAUCCUCAGCCUGGCCAUCCACAACCUCAUCAUAUUCCACCUCAGAACAUGCAAGCUCCUGUCAUGCAUGAAGAGCAAAUUCCAACAAACUCUGUUGAACAAUCCCCAACAGAGGAACAGAAGUCUCCUACCCCUGUAGAAGAUAAGAAUGAAGUUGAUGAUAAAGACAGCAGAAGCCCUGAAUGUGACGAUGCUGAACGUAAAACACAAGGCCAAGGAGACGGACAAAAUAGAUUUAGAAGGUAUCGCGGCAACAGUCGCGGGACAUCAAACGGAUACAGAGGUCGCGGCAACUUCCAAAAUAGGCAAAACAAUGAUGGAUACCAUGGCAGACAUGGUGAGUAUCAAAACAGACCGAACAAGGAUGGAUACCACAACAGGCAGUACAAUGACAACUACCAGAAUAGACACAAAGACUACCAGAACAGGGGUGGCAAUGAUGGAUAUUAUGGCAAUGGUGACACUGGCGACAGCCACCAGAACGAGAACGGUGGACGUGACAGGUACAAUGAUAACUCGCAGGGAUAUCACGGCGGCUUCAAGAGCCGCGGCAGAGGCGGCCCCCGCGGAGCGCCGCGUGGCGCCCCCCGCGCGCCACGCCCCCAGUAUAACCGCAAACAAGAAAAUGUUGAAUAAAUUCUGAAUAUCAUGAGAGAUUCGGCUUCACAUAACCAACUUUUCUAUCAGACAAAAUCAUUCGUGAAAGGCAAAUUUCACCGGCAACAACGUGCUGUGGCAACAACAAAAAGAGAUUAUGAUAAUAAAAAAAAAAAAAUUAAAAAAUCCUAAAAAAAAAGUAAAAUAAUAAAACUUGAAACUGCAUAAAAAAUAAGUUACUUGAAUUUAGAUGUAUGAUAUAUGCAAUUAUUGUAAGUUACGUUAACUCUAGAUUCAUGAUGUAUAGGUUAGUGUCAUGCGAGUGACACAAUGUGACGAAACGUUCGGAAGAGCUCCCUUGGCCGCGUUGGCCAUCUCCGCUCAGUACCUCGUGCGUGCCUCGUCCUCGUGAUAAAACUUAAGUACAGGAUAAAUUAUGCACAUAUUGAUAAAUUCUCUACUGGGAUCUUUCCAAAUUUAAUUUGUCUAUCUGCUAUAUAUGUUAGAAGUUUAAUUUUAACUUAAUUAUGCUAAGUUAUUAUUAUUUUCUAUAUGUUUAUUGCUAAAAAAACAAUCUCACUGUGGUGUUAUGUUUUGUUGUGUAAAUGUUCAAAUUAUACAAUCUUCCAAAUAAGCUCCCAACAGCACAUGCUAAAUAUAAAUACAUAACUUUACAACUUCACCAUUGGUCCUGGCUAAUUGUAUUUUAUAAUUUUAUUAACUUCAAUGCGCUGUUUUUGAUAUUUUUGUUUUAAUUGUAUUUAAAUGAAUCAAUAUUAACCAAGAGACAUUGUAAAAAGUAUGAAAUGUGUAUAUCGAUACCAAAUUGUGUUAUUUGGUCCAAGCUUUUUCAUUUUCUUUAACAUUGUUCUCAAUAGAGGCUGUGUGCAAACAAAUUAAAGUAUCCUAUGAA